CCUGUCUUUGAUCUCAUCACUCCGUCUAGUUACCCUUACCUACAGCUAGAGUAAACAAUCUUGUCGUCCGGAUAUAUAUUGCAAGACGACCCCACUAUUCCGACUCGGAUGUUAAGUGUUCCUCGCACCCUCUAAAUAAAUGCCAUCCCAGUCAACGCCCCAAAUGGCCAUUGAGACUCUUUUCCGCACGAGCUUUGGAGACGGCCAGUCGCCAACCACACGCAAACGCACAAUUUCUCUCCUAUCUGGUCUCUCAGCUUGCGCGUCAAAGGUAACAGUCCAGUUCAAAGUGGAACCGUUGGUCGCCACGGCAAUACGGUCAGGGACCCACGAAGCAUACGGCGCUUUCACGCCCACACCAUCUGCCUCCUCGUCCCUUUGCCAGUUUGACACCAGGACAACCGGCUUCUUUCGUCGUCGUGUUCGAACCCCCCUUGUGUGGCAGGACACAUGGAGCGAACCAUCGUCCCCUACAUCGCCGUCCAUUCCGUCCAUUAGCCGUACAUCAUCCUAUAUUUCGGACAGCUCCUCCCAGGACGGCCCUUCUGCUAUCCAUACACUAUUAGAGACUACCUUGCACCCGCCAGCACAUGUUAGUUUUCACUCGGAACUGAACCCCAUCCUUGCCUCGCUUGAGAGAAAGUCAAAAUUCUGCACCGACAGAGUGCGAUGUGCUACCUGUGGGAAGCCAGGGUCCGACUACCCCCGCUGUGGGAAGUGCGGGGAAAUGUGGUGUUCCAGGGACUGUAGGUUGCAAGGCAGGAGAAGCCAUGUAUGUUCCCGGACUACCUCGUUUUGAAUUCACGCCGUUAUAACACCUGUACAUAUCUCAUCAUUCUACGCCUUCCCUUUCAGUUUUUG